GGUGUCCAAUCCACAAACAAAUUUUGGACUAGAGGAGAAAACAUUAAAAGAGCGCCAAAAAUGUACCUCAUAGAUAAAAUCCAAAGUGUCAGUUUUUGGCAAAUUUUCAAAAUUUUCGGCUUUUGUAUUUUUUAUUGAAAAUCAAACUUCAGCAAAAACCUUAUGACAAUUUUCCAGAACUGGGGAAUUCAAAAAUCUGUUAUGGUUUCCAGAACGACUCGAAACUAUCAUCAGUCUAUUCAGAAGAAUAAAAGCAAAAUCCAAACCCAAAUUUAGCUCUCUCCCACUUGACUUUUAAAACUGAAAAAUUCCCUGAAAAUCGCAAAAUGAAAUUCAGCUUCUGAAAUUUGAUAAGGUUGAGUGCUGGUGUAUUUUUGGAUGGUUCUUUGAUUUUUUUUUAGAUUGUUUCAAGUAUAUUUUCUUAAUUAGUCAAAAAUAUUGCCACUGUUAGUUUUUCUUGAAUCAAAAAUGCAAUUGAAGCAAGAAUGAGAGGAAUGGUGUCCAAAUAGAAUCAAUUAAUUUUAAUUACUUACUUUCUACCUAUAAAAUUAAAAUAAUUUUUUGACUAAAUUAAUUCUGUUAGGCUACUAUUUUUUUAUUUAAUAAAAUAAUAGUCGAUAUACCAAUUUAUAGGUACCUAUAACAUUAAGUAAUUUGUCAAAUUAAAAUAAUUUUUUUAUUUUGUAAGCAAAUGGAAAUCAUUUGAUGGAGAGAUGAAAUAAUUUUAUGGAUAGAAUAUAAAAGUGAACAGUAUAUGUAUUAUAUAGGUACUUAAAUAGAAUAUAACCUUUUGAGAAAAUGUGAUAAGAUAAAAAUGUCAAUUAUCGUCCAAAUAGGAGAGAAUCGCUAACUACCUAUUUUUGUGUAGAUGACAAAAGAAGAUAACACAUUAGGCUAUGCGAUAUACUGAAAUUGUUGACAGUUGACACAGUUCAUCGUUUCUUUUUAUCGAGUACUUUUCCCAAUAGUUGGACCUACGACCUACCUUCUCAUUUAUUCAAUAAAGUAAUUAAAUGCUGAAGUCGUUUGCAUCUCAGAAUUCGUCGAUGAUUAACGAAGAUCGGUUGUCUUUCUAUCCAAGCUGCGAGUAUGAAAUCGAGUAUUUUCCUUCCAGUCAUCUUGGCUUUGGUCUUGAUUGAGAUCGUGUUGGUGGAAGCCAAAACUCGCAUAGUGAUAAAAGCAGAAUCCCCAGAGGAUGUCAACAUAACCUACUCUGGAUCUUACAGCCGAACUAUUAACGACGCAGAAGCCGAACAAUGGGGAAUCUGGCCCGAAGAAAAAUGCAAAAAAGUAAUCGAAGAAUACGCCGGAAAAGCUCCAAAUUACUGCAACCUACACGAACCCACCAAGCAAAAACUCUAUCCAACCAACAACAUGCCAGAAGUCACAACUGUCUACGAAAUAAUAAAAAUCUCCUCAGUCAAGACAACCGAAAAAGAAGUAAUUUUGGCCAAAAAACAUCACGAAAACAACUCCAAGAAUCCGUUCACCAUCAAGUACUCUUUGCAAAAAUCAGUAACUGAUUCUAUUUCGCAUAGCAGUUUCAGUCGUAGUAAUUAUUCGUUAGGAGGAUCGGCAGAAUUCACAAUACUUGGAAAUUCCAUUGGUUUCAAGGCUCAGUACGAACACUCUUGGGGUAAGGCGGAACAGAAAUCGAAUUCUAAAUCAAUCGGUGUCGGUACUGAAACAACCAUAGUUGUUUCACCUUUUUCAAAUUCCACUGUGACAUUUAAAACUCUUCUUGUGUCGACAACAUUCGAGAUAAUUUUCGCUAAUCGAUUGGAAGGAUAUAUAGCAGCGUAUUAUAAACCGAAAUUCGAGUACCAUGACUUUUGGCCUUUCAAGACCAAGGAUUUGAAACAAACUAAGGAUAGAAAGAUUUUUAAGGAAAUGAUAACUGUUAAUUUCCAUCAAGAAGGGGUUACUGUAGUUGACGAGCAUCAGAUAGAUGAACAAGAGGAGUAUUAUGAGGAGCCGGUGGUAGAUGAUCUUCAAGAUGAUGGUAAUCCUGCAGAAGAACUUAGUCCUGAUGAAGAAGACUCGAUCAGAACGAAAAGAUACGAUGAUAUUGAUUCUGAAAAUAUUUCGCAUGAAGAAUUGUAAAUUGCAUUAUUUAUAGUCGUCUGUUCAAAUUAUUACAUUACCUGUUUGCUACCUUCUUAUUUUCUUGUGUUCAUGUAA